CAAUACUGCUUAGAUUGGUUUUUUGAUUAUCAGUUAGAAAUAAUCAUUCUCUCGAUAAAUCACUAUAAAAAAAUUUUAAUUCAUCUAAAUACCAGCGGGACUUUUCAUGGUCAACAAACAAUUGAAUACAAAACUAACGUUGUUGGAGGAGUGUCACCCAACAAAGCUGGUACCAUUCACCUAGGGAAGCCAGUAUUUGCUACUGUCAAAGAAGCUCGCGAAGCAACAGGUGCAGAUGCAUCAGUUAUUUAUGUCCCCGCACCAUAUGCUGUUAGUGCCAUAGAAGAAGCUAUGGAUGCAGAAAUACCUUUAGUAGUGUGUGUAACUGAAGGUAUUCCAGUGCUGGAUAUGAUUAGAGUGUGCUCUAAGUUAAAAAAACAGAAUAAAACCCGCCUUCUAGGCCCAAAUUGUCCUGGAAUUAUAGCUCCUGAAGAAUGCAAGAUAGGUAUUAUGCCAGGUCAUAUACAUAAAAAAGGAGUGAUUGGUAUUGUUUCACGAUCUGGAACUUUGACAUAUGAGGCAGUUCAGCAGACGACGGUCACUGGACUUGGUCAGACAUUAUGUGUGGGCAUUGGCGGUGAUCCAUUCAGUGGCACGGACUUCAUUGACUGCCUCGAUAUAUUUUUGAAUGAUACGAAAACCAAAGGAAUAAUUCUAAUCGGCGAAAUCGGGGGACAAGCUGAAGAGCAAGCUGCGCAGUUUUUAAAGGAGAACAACUCGGGACCGAAUGCAAAACCGGUGGUAUCUUUUAUUGCUGGUCAGACUGCGCCACCUGGCAGGCGUAUGGGACAUGCUGGUGCAAUUAUUGCUGGAGGUAAAGGAACUGCUGCCGAUAAAAUUGAAGCCCUUAAGAGUGCUGGUGUUCAUGUAAGUCAUUUUCAAAUGGUUUUUUAA